AUGUCUUGCAUCCCCAAGACCUUUAUUUAUUAUCAAAAAUCUGCCGUAGAACAAAGUGUUCCAUGGUAUAUUAUUCUAUAUUUGGUUAAGUCUUCCCUGGCAUUGUUAGAACCGAUUUAUUUGGAUCUUAGGUGUGACGGGGGAAAAUCUUUUAGGCGUGAUUAUGGAUCUACGCUAUUCCCAAUUCAGUACGCGAUAGUUUGUCUAGGAAUAUUUCCCGAUUUGGAGUGGUACUCAAAGUCUACCGC